CCAACCGCACAGCCGACACUCGCGGCUUUUCGUUCCGAUUCGUCGAUGCGCUCGAGGUUUGGGGAAAAUUUUUCCACCAACGUCUGAGAAAACGGUCGCGUUCGCGGGAAUUUUACAAAAAAAAAAAAAAAAAAAAAUACACGAAGCGGGAAAAUUACGCGAGAAUUAAAUUUUACUUCAUUUUCGUCGCGUCUUAAUUGCGGUAGAUUGUAAAUAACAUCUUGGUCGAAUCUCGUUUUUUUUUUUUUUUCUCUCUUUUUUCACUUCUCACAAUUUUUCCUAGAUUCCACGAUAAUAACAGGUUCAAUUUUUGAAAAGUAACGGAUCUUAUGCGAAAACGUGCUGAUAAUUGUUUAACCGACACGUGCAGAGGGCGGGGAAAAAUUGCCAAUUUUUUGAAUAAAAAGUAUCGCGAGAGGUGCGAACUUUCUUUUAGGGUGAAAAUUUCUUUCGUUUUAUGUUCUUGAAGUUCGACCGUUGGCUCUCGAUCUAAUUCGCAUGAUGACGAAUUGAAGCCGAUCAAUUUACACGAGAUGGAGACUCUUUACACGGGGGUUGUGCACGGCUUCCCUCAGGCGAAGGGAUUGGCGGGGGGAGGAAUUUCCGGGGGGAUUGGCGGCGCCCUGGACCAAGACGGAGCCCUCAGCCUGAUCGUGGUUUUGGGAGGAAGUCUCUCCCUUGUAGCGCUGGUCUUCGCGUUUAUCACUUACAGUUUAUUCUCAGACCUGCGAAGCCUCGCCGGUACGACGCUGAUGAAUUUGUUAGCAGCCCUCUUCAUGGUUCAGCUCUUGUUCAUCAUCGGAGUCGGGGGAGUUCAGGACGCUGAGCUCUGCAUCUCGCUGGGCCUGAGCUUGCAGUAUAUAAGAGUCUGCGUGGUUUGUUGGCUUGCGGCUAUGUGCCACCACCUUUACGCGACCGUGGCUUCGAUACCCUCUCGAGACGAGCCCCCGGCAUACGUAAAGUACAGCAUAUUCGCCUGGGGAGCCCCGGUUCUCAGCCUCGGGGGCGCCACGAUGAUACAAAGCCAAGAGUCUGGCGACCUUUGGAACGUAACCGACUUGACGCCGUUCAACUGCUGGUUUCUAGGAAAAAAAGCCACGAUCUACACUUACGGAUUACCAGUUAUUUUUCUCCUCCUACUCUCCGGAUUUUAUCUCGUCAAGGCGGCCAUUGUCGCAAGGUACACGUGCAGCAUGCAGCUUGAGAUAAAGCAGCGGGAGAAAAUGAAAAAGAGGCGAACUCUCCAGCUGGUUUUGUUCCUGAAGGUUUGCUUAACUGUUGGCUUGGUCGCUGGUUGCGGGGUUGCGGCGAGAAUUUGGGAAAUUCCAUUCCUGUGGGCCAUGUUCUGCACAGGUCACUCCUUGCAGGGAUUGGCCGUCGCUCUGUCAGUUGCCUGCAACUGCCGAGUUCUUAAAGUCUACUCAAGGCGAGCGCACAAGCAACCAAAACAGCAGAUCGCCAAGUCGUCGAGUAUGCAACUUCUAGCUCCGGCACCGGAUCCGGUGUAAAAAAAAAGUGCAUUGUCGCACAAAAAAAAAAAAAGAAAAAUAUGAUACAUGAUUAGGAAAGAGAAUACACAUUUUUAUCCUAUCAGAUAUAUACACAUAUAUAUACAUAUAUAGAGAGAGAGAAAGAGAGUAUAUUAUAUCACAAGUAUAAUUGCCGAUCCAGCCCCUUACAUAAUAAUUAUAUCUAUACCCCUAUUUUUUCACGAUAUUUGUAUUCAAUCGUUAGUCCCGCUUGCACAACCUGACGGCCUAGGCUGCUCAAUAAUUGACAGGAAUUCUCCUCGCUCUCCUGCCUUUGCACUCUGUAUUGUUGAAAAUAGUUGGAUCAAAUUUGAAAAAUUCACGUACAAAUUGUUUGCUGAAAUAUGUCUGUAUCGACUCUGAGUAGUUUUUACGUGUAGUAUGACAACCGCUUUAUAUCUUAAUAGAAAUGAAAAAUGAAUCUGACUCUUCGCAGGAGCGGUGAAAUUAACAAUUUAACAAUUGAAAUAUUAAACACUGCGAAUAUAAUACGAGAAAGAAGUUUUUGUAGACGCAUACAGAUAUGCGUAUAUAUAAACGAAAUGUUCCUGCAGAAACUAAAUUUAUUUGACAACCGGUGUAUUGUACCUCAAGUUCGAAGUAUGAUAGAAAAUUUAUUUUCAUUCGUUCCCAAUAAGAAUACGUACAACGCGACGGAACGGAGCCUUGAGAAAAUGAAGAAAGAAAUUAAAAAAGUAAAGAGAGGAAGCGACUGGUCCGUAAAGAGGAGGGAGGAGAGAGGAGAGAGCAAAAGAUUCCAUUCCACCCUUAAACUCCGACGCCGUGAAAUAAAUUAUAUACGUUAUGUUCAAAGAUAUUCUUACGCAGAGAAGAGCGUAGAUCAAACAGCGUCGUAAUUAAGACGUUGCGAAUGCUACUUGCCGAGAAAAAAUUAUACAUGUAUGUAUGAACGACAAUUGUUAUGAGGAAUAAGAAGAUAAUGGAAAAGUAUAUAUGAUAGUUGUUGAAAUGAAAAACUGAAAAAUAAAAAUUAAAAAAAUAAAUAUAGGGUUACAUAUCAGUGUAAAAUAUAUUGAAUACAUUAUAGCCAAGAAGCAAAAAAAAAAACAAAAAUUUAAUUGAUCAAAAUUUCUAAGAUCCCCGGAUGUACAAUUGAUACAAGUUGUUUGUUAUAUUAUAGCGAUUAAUAAUUCAUAUCGAGAGGAACCGCUGCAGCUACAUUAUAAACAUUUAAGCAUUUUUCUAUUCAUUUAUACUAUAAUCACUGUUAAUAACUCGAGAAAAUCUACCGGUGAAAAGAUGGAUAGUAGGUAAUAAUCGUAAAAAUAAUCUCACAAUUGGAUCGAUGAUAGAUCGAACAUUAUUGUACAAUAUUAUGAUUGCUUGAUUAAGCGCGCGUGUCGGAUCGAUGUAAAAAAAAAAACUAGACGUAUCAGUAAUAAUUAUAAACUACAAUCGACGAAAACCCCGGUUCGUUCGAAUUGGAAUUACAUCGGUAAUCAUCGUAACAAAUAAUCGUGAUGUAAUAUUGGAAACGACGUACAGUAUACACCCAAGAUUCGGACCCGAGAUACGUUACGUCGAAGUUUGGUAUAAGCUGAUAGGAGAAAUUGAUAAAGGGAGCAAAUCAGCGACACAAUGCGUCAUACGGACAAAGGUUAAUUAUCCGAUAAGCCCGUACACCAACCUAAGCAUUGUAUCCGACUCCGCGGAUUUCAGUGAGUUAAUAAAGUUGACUUUUCAAAUUUACCGCCGGCGGGCGCGGAAACAAAAAGAGAGCGAUAAUAUAAAAGAACGAGAAAACUACCGACUAGUGUCUACUACCGGCUUCAAGCAAGAUACAUCUAUACGUAUUAUAUAAAGUGUAGAUGUAAGUUCCGUGUGAAAAGGGUCUUUUGUCCUUGCGCGACCGUUGCGAUGUUCCAUGUGCAAGAGAGGCAAGCAAACAAGUUUCCACGCAUGUGUGUUUCCCGCGACGAUGUUUAUAGUGUAUACUGUGUGUGCAAUAUAUACCUAGGUAAAUACGUACCGAACGUACAAUACCGGCCAUAUGUACAAUAAGCACAACCGCUCGGCAAACAUGCAAUAUACAACGCAACACACCCCUCGAUGUCGAUGUGUGUUAGUGCAGGUAUAAACGCAUACCUACUUCCAACCAGCAGCCUGAACUUGAGUCUGUGUCUUUCUCGACCGUAGAGUUCGGUUUGGAGUAGGUGUAUAAAUAGAUAUAACUAUAUACCUAUGUAUAAUUUAUACAUAUACGCAUAUAGUACGUACAUACAUUAUUACAUAGUCGGUAACGAUUAAUAAAUAUUUUGAAACUUCAA